AUGGAACUGAAAGUGAAGUUUUAUGGAUUAGCCUGUUUCCCAAAAGUAAUAGGUGCAAUAGAUUGUACCCACAUCAAAUUACAAUCUCCAUCGAGAGAAUAUGGGGAACAAUACAGAAAUAUAAAGAGGUAUUUUCCCUUAAAUUUACAAGCUUUGGUUAAUGCAAAUUUGGAGUUUUUGGAUGUAGUGGCACGUUGGCCCGGCUCAGCACAUGACAUCAAUAUUUUUGCAAAUAGCAGGCUCAGGGCAAGAAUGGAACUCCACGACUUUAAAGAUUGUGUGAUUUUGGGAGACGCAGGCUAUGCAUUAUCCCAUUACUUACUAACGCCUAUAGCAAAUCCAACAACCAAGGCUGAAAGAUUGUACAAAGAAUCUCAGAUUAGGACUCGUAAUGUGGUGGAACGGACAUUUGGAGUCUGGAAACGAAGAUUCCCUGUCUUAUUUUUUGGACUCCGUUUGAAAAUGGAAACAUCAAUGGCAGUUAUUCAGUCAUGUGCCAUACUUCACAACAUUGUUUGCUUGGCAAAUGACCCACAACCACCAGAUGAGGUUGAAAAUAUCACAGAUUUAUUAACCAAUGAAUUAGUGGAUAUAGAAGAUGCUAUACAGCCAGAACAUAAUAAUUGUCGUCUGAGAAAUGCUCUUAUAGCAGAACAUUUUGGUCUCAUGUGA